AUAGCUUUGUCUGCUUCAAUCUAUAACCUUACAGUGGUAUCAGAGCCUCAACUGCUCUUAUGAGUCUUGAUCAUGGCCACUCCCGAUGAAUCCCCAAACUCUGCUGCAUCCAAAACCUCCCCAAACUCUGCUGCAACUGUUCUCAAUCCUGGACUCACCAAAAAUCCAUUAUCUUUCAAUUCCGCCGCAUUCCCUGUAAAGCUAACGCCCACCAACUAUAUGUCUUGGAGGGCUCAAUUUACUUCUUUGCUUGCAGGUUAUGAACUCGAUGGCUGCCUUGAUGGUAGGAACCCCUGUCCAGUUGCAACCGCACCAGAGUACAGCUUAUGGGCUCGUCAAGAUCAACUCUUGCGACAUGCUCUUAUCACCUCUGUCUCGGAGAACAUUACCCCUUAUAUUGCAGCUGCUGCCACAGCACAACAGGCAUGGGAAACAUUAGCGAGGCUCUAUGCUAAUUGCUCUCAAAGUCGGGUGAUCACUUUAAAGGAACGUCUCCAAAACAUGAGACGUGAUGGCUGGUCUGUUGCAAAUUAUUUAAUAAAUCUCAAGACUGUUGCUGAUGAAUUGGGAACCAUUGAUCGUCCACUCAACGAUGAUGAUCUUACAGUUUAUAUUCUUAAUGGCCUUGGCCCUGAGUUUCGGGAGAUUGCAGCUUCUCUUCGAGCACGGGACUCCUCUCUUUCCUUUGAUGACUUGCAUGAUAGAUUGGUUGCUCAUGAAGAAAGUCUUAAACGAGAAGAAGCCUGUCCUGAGAUCACACCGGUGACAGCUCAUUAUGCUGCUGUUUCCUUUCACUCCAAUACUGAUUCCUCUUCUUCAUUGAGUGCAGGAAACUCUCAUUCCUCUCUUGGCUGCCACCCUCUACAAGGAUUCUGUGGCAAUCGGAAUGGUUGCCAGCUGUAUGGUCGUGCAGGCCACUUUGCUCGAAAUUGCCCCAGCUACCGUGUGCAAGCUCUUGGGCCCAUGGCAAAUUUGGCCUCCUCCUCUCCUGCUUUUUCUGAGGAUUGCCUAUUGGAUUCUGGUGCCAACAACCAUGUGACCACUGACUUGGCUAACUUGGCAUUGCAUUCUGAAUACAAUGGUCCUGAUGAACUCCAUAUCGGUGAUGGAACAAGUUUGCAAAUCACACAUGUGGGACACUCCACCCUAUCUACCCCUCAAUCCUCUUUACCUUUGCGUAAUGAUUGCUACACGAACGAGACACUACUCCAAGGGCCAACCGUUCAUGGGAUUUAUCAAAUACCGAGAAAAUUUAGCUCCAAACCAACAGCACUAGUGGGAGAGCGUACUUCUUUGGCGAUUUGGCAUUUACGCUUAGGAUAUUCUAUAGAUAACUUGGGUUACAAAUGCUUGGAUUUGAGUUCUCGAAAAUUGUUUUUCUCCCGCCAUGUGGUGUUUGACGAGUCUACCUUUCCUCACAAAUCUCAAUCCAUUAUCCCUAUUUUACCCUCUACCUUUUUACAUGCCAAUGAGUCGUCCUCUACCUCUACCUCUGGUCUUGAUCUUAGUAAUUCGCCAUCGUCACUUGCCUCUCCUAUCGAUGCUCCCCAUGAAUUGGUGGCUCAAGAGGUGCCUCUUCUUGUAGCUUCUCCUUCAUCAAUCCCAUCACCGAUUCUGUGUCCUGCACCUCUAAGUGAACCCACUUGUGUGACACAAGCUCUUAAAGAUCCCAAUUGGAGACGGGCUAUGUCUGAAGAAUUUAGUGCUCUUGUGCAUCAAGAUGGUAGUAUUGAGCGUUAUAAGGCUCGCUUGGUUGCCAAAGGCUUUCAUCAACGUCCCGGAUCUGACUAUUUCAACACAUUUAGUCCUGUUAUUAAACCUACUACUAUUCGUACUGUUUUAUCUAUUGCAAUAAGCCAGCAGUGGGUUAUCCGGCAAUUGGAUAUUAAUAAUGCCUUUUUACAUGGUCAUCUUGAGGAACAAUUGUUUAUGCAGCAACCAGCAGGGUUUGUUGAUCCUCGUUUCCCUCAGCAUGUGUGCAAAUUGCGGAAGUCUAUAUAUGGCCUGAAGCGAGCUCCCCGAGCAUGGUUUAAUGAGCUUAAAAGUUUUAUUAUCUCUCAAGGCUUCUCUCAAUCUAAGUCAGACUCGUCUCUUUUUAUUCUUCACAAAGGGUCUACUUGGAUUUAUUUUCUUAUCUAUGUUGAUGAUAUUAUAAUUACAAGAAGUGACUCUUCAACUGUUCAGUCUCUUAUUCAGAUCAUGGGAGCUCGCUUCUCCUUAAAGGAUUUAGGGCCUCUCAAUUUUUUUCUCGGUGUUGAAGCAAUUCCCACUGCUGCUGGUCUUUUCUUAUCCCAACAUCGGUACAUUACUGAUCUUCUCCAGCAGUAUAACAUGCAUGAGGUCAAGCCUGUGCCCACCUCGCUUGCUGCUUCCACUUCAUUGCAUCUUGGUUCUGGUUCACCUCUUUUUGAUGGUUCUAUUUACCGGCGGCUUCUUGGCUCCCUGCAAUAUCUUGCUCUCACUCGUCCGGAUCUCUGCUUUGCCGUGAAUAAGCUAUCUCAAUUUAUGCAUCAACCCACUGAUGCUCACUGCUCCACAGAGGCUAAAUAUCGCGCCUUGGCAUCUGUUGCUUCUGAACUGGUUUGGGUUCGCAAUCUACUAUCAAAACUUGGAGUUUCUGGUCUUGGCUCUCCUGCUCUGUUUUGUGAUAACAUUGGUGCCACUUACUUAAGUCUCAAUCCCGUUCCUCACUCUCGGAUGAAACAUAUCGCUGUUGACUUACACUUUGUUCGGGAUUUAGUCGAGAAGAAUGUCCUUCAUGUUUCUCACAUUUCUUCUCAUGAUCAGCUUGCUGAUGGCCUUACUAAGGCUCUGUCUACUGCUCGCUUCUCCAGUUUGCGUUCCAAGAUUGGUGUUGCUGAUGGCACCUCCAUCUUGCGGGGGCGUGUUAAGGCAACUGCAUCUCCAGUUGUUACCACGUUUAACUCGACUCUGAACCAAUUUAGAUGCUUUUGUGAUGGUGGGGAUUUCUGUCCUCCCCAGAUGCCAGUUGUUCUAGCAAGCCAGUUCGAUACUCCGAGCACUCCGCCUAUUCCUGAUCCUAUACUUACCCCUGCUAUGUGUUUUCUACCUUGAUUUUCA